AGUUUCAUAUGUCACCGAAGAAGAAAAUAUAGACCCAUAUGGACACGAGUUUCCUAUUUAAAAAACAUUAAAGUUGCAGAGACCUGACUCAAACUGGUAGAUUAAUAAUGAAUCUAUCACUACAAACCAAUAAAGAUGAUCUGAAUGAUUUAAUAUCUCAGUUGAAGAUUGGAUUCAUUGGUGCUGGAAACAUGGCGUAUGGGAUAGCACAGGGCAUCAUCACAUCAGGGAAAGUUUCACCUACUAAUAUGAUUGUUAGUGCUCCAUCCAUGAACAAUCUUCCUCGAUUUCAGGAGAGAGGUGUUUCCAUAACUCAAAGCAAUGAAGAGGUUGUAGAAAAGUCCAGCAUGGUUUUCCUUGCCGUCAAACCUCACCUCAUCCCAAAGGUCCUGAAUGAAAUCUCACACGGUGUCACUCAGCAACACAUCAUCGUUUCCAUGGCAGCCGGAGUCACUAUAGCAACACUUGAGGAUCUGUUGCCCGCUGAAACCCGCGUGAUUCGUAUAAUGCCAAACUUACCCUGUGUCCUCAUGGAAGGAGCGCUGAUCCUCACCUCUGGCUCAUUCGCUGGAGAGAAGGAGGAGACUUUACUGAAGAACCUUCUCAGCCCAUGUGGAUUGGUGGAGGCGGGGCCUGAGCACUGGAUCGACGCCCACACGGGCUUGAGUGGCAGCGGUGUUGCAUUUGUGUAUGUGUUUGCCGAAGCCCUGGCAGAAGGGGCUGUUAAAAUGGGAAUGCCGAGCGCGUUGGCUCAACGUAUCGCAGCACAGACAAUACUGGGUGCUGGUUUGUUACUGCGUGAUACUGGGAAACUGCCAGCCCAGCUGAAAGCUGAAGUUUGCACGCCUGGAGGGACCACGAUACACGGCCUGCACGAGCUGGAGAAGGGCGGCGUCCGAGCGGCUGUCAUGGGAGCCGUGGAGGCGGCUACAGAAAGAGCGAGAGAACUCGGAAAAAAAUAGAUUGGAAGGUUAUGGAGGAAUGUAAAUGUUUAACUUUUACCAUUACAUCAUAAUUCAGAUUAUAAGAGGAAAGAUUUAUUCACAACCUCUUACAAAUGCUGUACAGUAAUUGUAUCUAGUGAGUCUGACUUAAUGUGUGUUCUUGACAUAAAUCAUCAAAGCCUUGAUUUCAACUUAAAACUUUAACGAUUUUUUAUUUGUAAUACAUACACAUGGAAUUGUCCAGGAAUAGGAAUUGUUCGGUCUUAAUCUAUUUUAAUCUGAUUAUUGUCAUAAGUAGCCAAGUUGCCUGUUAAUAAGUGUUGCAUUUGUACAGUUUUACAUGUUUAAAAUUAUAUUAUUAAUAAUUAUAUAAGCUAAUCUAGAUGUACAAUGUUAAUAGCUGUAACUUUAUUUGAUGCAAAAAGUGUUCAACUCAAUAGAUAAAAAUAAUUAAUUGUUUAUUCAUUCAUUAAUUAAUAUAUUAUAAACAUAAAAUGUUUAACUUCCUAAGACCCGAGCUUUGGUUUGUCUUGCAUUUUAGAUUUCUUCCAGCUAUUUUGUGGUUAGGAAGAACCAAUAAAUAUAAUAACCAAACAUUUUUCUUUAAACGUGAAGCAGUGUAAUUGUCCAUGUUUGUGUACAACAGGUUCCAAUUACACAGAAUUAAAGGUGCAGUGUGUAAAAUUGAAAAGGAUUUCUUGACAGAAAUACAAUAUAAUAUACAUAACUAUAUUAUCAGUGGUGUAUAAAGAUCUUACAUAAUGAA